AUGGAUGAAGGCUUCGAAUCAAUGCGGGUGAAGCCUUACUGGGUCGGGGAAGGAAGCUGGAGCUUCAUACGCUCAUUACGCGCGGACGGAAGGCUUGGAACUAUUCAACACACGACUGCAGAGGGCCACCUGCACUCCGAAGCUUCCAUGGGGCGGAGGUGCUGCGAGUCUGAUCUCCGUGCGAUUCACGAGAUCGUCGCUCGUUGUGGGAAGCUCGAGAAGGUUAGCGUGGAGGAUGUUGAGUAA